AUGGCGGCAUUGGUCUUGUUAGAGGAUAUUGCCAACCGUGCAAUACGGAGAGAAAGAGUUUUUCGUGACCGCGCAGACUUUUGGGCACAUGAUGACACAUGGCUGAUAAGCAGGUACCGCUUGCCGAGAAGGGCUUUGUUAGAGCUUUGUGCUCAAAUGGGCCCUCAUCUACAGAGACGCACCCGACGCAACCAGGCCAUACCCGUUCAGGUGCAGGUUUUGUCUGUUCUUGGGUUCCUGGCCACAGGAACGUUCCAAAGAGAAAUUGGAGACAGGUCGGGAAUAUCCCAAUCAACAUUUAGCAGAAUAUUGCCUGAUGUUCUUCGCGGAAUUAUUGGCCUAUGUCCGCAAUUAAUUCGAUUCCCAUAUAGUGCCCAGGAACAGCGAGACGUGAGGCAGGAUUUCCUGCGUAAAACAGGGUUCCCAAACGUUAUUGGUGCGAUAGACUGCACCCAUGUUGCCAUACGAGCUCCACAUGUGAACGAGUACAUGUAUGUCAACAGGAAAAACUUCCACUCCAUAAAUGUGCAGCUCAUUUGUGAUGCGCGUAUGGCAAUCCUAAAUGCUGUUGCGCGCUGGCCAGGGUCAACGCACGAUUCUUUCAUCGUGCGUAAUUGCAGUGUUGGAAAUCGACUGGAGGCCGGAGCGGGCAGAGACGGCUGGCUUCUCGGAGACCGAGGUUAUCCUCUAAAGACAUGGCUGCUCACCCCGAUUGCGCACACGGAGACAGCCGAGGAGGCCCACUUCAACACUGUACAUGCUCGUGCGCGGUCGGUAGUGGAGCGCAGCAUAGGCAUGCUGAAGGGAAGGUGGCGAUGUUUGGAUGCAUCAGGAGAGAGACUGUUAUAUGACCCCGAAAAGAACUACUAG